AUGGCGUCUGCCACCACCAACCCCACUCUGCACUCCGUUAGACGACUGCGCCGCAGGUUCCUCAACCGCAUAUUUGCGGGGGUUUACACCACUGUUAUAUUGGCCUUGCUCUAUCACCAUGCAAUCACACUCCUCCAUUCCACCACCUUCACAUCUUUCUGCAUAUCCUUCACCAUAUUUAUUUCUGAUAUUCUUCUAGCUUACAUGUGGUUGACAAGCCAAUCAUUUCGUAUGAAUCCCGUGGCCCGGGAAGAAUUCCCUGAAAACCUCGUAAAAUUCUUCGACCGGAAAGAUUUUCCGGCCAUGGAUAUAUUUAUAUGCACUGCUGAUCCAUAUAAAGAGCCACCUAUUAACGUUGUCAACACAGCUUUAUCAGUUAUGGCUUAUGAUUUUCCGACAGAAAAACUGUCGGUUUAUGUGUCGGAUGAUGGAGGAUCAGAGCUUACACUCUUCGCUUUCAUGGAGGCUGCUGAAUUUUCAAGGACUUGGUUGCCUUUUUGUAAGGAAAAUAACAUCAUAGAAAGAUGCCCGGAUACCUAUUUCAGGUCAAAUUAUACUCAAAGCCCUAAAACUGUGGAAAUGAAGAUGAUGUAUGAUAACAUGAAGACGAAGAUAGAAAACGUGGUUGAGAAAGGGAGAGUUAGUGAUGAAUACAUUUCCGAUGAAAAGCAACGCCGAGUUUUGAGUCAAUAUUGGACUAAAGAUUUCACUCGGCAAAAUCAUCCCUCUGUCAUUCAGGUUUUGUUAGACACCAACAAAGAUAAGGAUAAUAGGGGUUAUUCAAUGCCAAAUCUUGUAUAUGUCUCUAGAGAGAAAAGGCAAGGCUACCAUGCAUCAUUUCAAGGCUGGCGCCCUCAAUGCCCUGAUUGCGAUAUGUAUUCCAAUGACCCUUUGACGCCUCAAAGAGUUCUUUGCUACAUUUCGGAUAAGUCAAAUACCCCAAAUUUAGGGUACAUUCAAUUUCCACAACGUUAUCACGGGCUCAACAAUGCCGAUAUCUAUGGGUCUGAGCUUAAACGUUUGGUUCAAAUAAAUUCGACCGGCAUGGAUGGGUUGGAUGGACCUAUCUUUAUGGGGACUGGAUGCUUUUUUCUUCGACGUGCAUUUUUUGGUGGCCCAUCAUCGCCUGUUCAGCCUGAAACUCAAGAGCUUGGCCCAAAUUACAUUGUAAACAAGCCUAUUGUGGAUCGAGAAAUUUUAUAUCAAGCCCACCGUGUUUGUGGAUGUAAUUACGAGAAUCCAACCAGUUGGGGAUCCAAGAUAGGGUUUCGAUAUGGCUCCUUGGUCGAGGAUUAUUACACGCGCUAUCAGCUUCAAUGCGAAGGAUGGAAGUCAAUAUUUUGUGAUCCGAUCGUGCCUGCAUUUUUGGGUGAUGUGCCAAUAUCUCUCCGUGAUUUUUUGAACCAGAACAGGAGAUGGGCCUUCGGGCUGCUAGAGGUGGCCUUCUCAAAGUACAGCCCAAUAACUUUUGGGAUCCAAGCCGUGGGGAUCUUAAUGGGCCUGGCUUAUGCACACUAUGCAUUCUGGCCCAUUUCGGGUGUUCCCAUCACAAUCUAUGCUUUCCUCCCUUCAUUGACUCUUCUCAAUGGAAUUUCCAUCUUCCCAAAUGUAAAUGAUCCUUGGUUUCUCGCAUACAUAUUUCUAUUUCUUGGCGCCUAUGGGCAAGAUUGCUUAGAUUUCAUAUUAGCCAAAGGCACAUUCCGAAGAUGGUGGAGUGAUCAAAGAAUGUGGCACAUGAGGGGAGUCUCAUCACAUUUAUUUGGAUCCAUAGAAUAUAUAAUGAAACAUUUAGGAUUUGGGGUUUUGAAUUGCUUGCCAAUUUAUGAAGCCAUGGUUUUCAGAAGUGAUGAAGGAAGGAUGCCUACAAGGACUACCAUCAUUUCUACUCUUCUUGUAUGGGGACUUUGUGCAAUUGCCACUCUUGUACUCAAGAUGUGA